GUGUGACUCAUGUGGGUGCUCCCUUGGUAGAAACAGGAAUGGAAUGGAUCCGCAAUCGUAACGGCGCGGAAGAAUAUCCUAGGCUAGGUUCUCCAGUGGGAGCAUGGCAGCGGAAUUUGUAAAUGGGAAGGAUGCACACUCUCUUCUCAAACGCUUUCCACGGGCUAAUGGGUUUCUCGAGGAGUUUCGGCAGGGCAACAUUGAAAGGGAGUGUGUGGAGGAGAGCUGCAGCUUCGAGGAGGCUAAUGAAGUGUUCGAGAACAAGGAAAAAACAAUGGAGUUCUGGAAGACACGUAGUAUCUACGCAGUGAACAGCAAUAACGAAUCUCGCUCAGAGCGCGCAGACACUGUGUACAUGGUGGUGCCUCUUCUGGGCGUGGCCCUCCUCAUCAUCAUCGCGCUCUUCCUCAUUUGGCGCUGCCAGCUCCAGAAAGCCACACGCCGCCGCCCAGCGUACACCCAGAACCGCUACCUGGCCAACCGCAACACCCGCAGCCUUCCCAGAAUCCUAGUGCACCGUGAUAGCCCCUCCCACGCAGAGAUUUCCCACACCAGUGAGCGGCCCAGCGUGGUAGUCGGCGGCGGGGAAAGAGGUAGUGGUGUGGCCCCAGACUCCUCACAGAAUGGCGGGCAAGCUCCAAACAGCCGCAGCCUUUAUGUCCAGGACUCCUCCAUGUCCGUGGCGUCACGUUUGUCAGGGGCCACACCUCCUCCCUCCUACGAGGAAGUGACAGGCCACUUGGAGAGCAGUAGCGACGAGACCACUGCCCCUUAUAGCGAUCCACCACCCAAGUACGAGGAGAUCGUUAAAGAAAAGUGAAACCGCGCAUGCAAGAGAUGUGAAACUGGGUCGCUUGCUGCCAGGCAUGGGAAGCAACUGAAGAUGCCCUAAUUCCCAAGUGCUCAUCACAGUUUGGGUCUGUCAGGCCAGAGUGUGCUACUUGCAUUUUUGACUUCUUGAGUUGCCCCAGGCUGAUGCCGAAGGUCUUGGUGGGAGUGUGUGAGCUGCACUAAGAGAUGUGGUUGUUGUCGUUACGUGGUGCCCCUGAAUUCAAAUCUUUUGAAGGUCAGACUUGCUUUGUGGCUGGGACUACUCACUGCUUUUUCCCUCUUCCGGAACCCUGGCAUCAACUUGCUACACUCUAACCCCUCACUUCCUAUCCCUUCAACCCCCACUAUAUACCCAAAGCUUCUUACAAAUCCAGUCUUUUUUUCCUUUCUUUUUUCUAGGAGAAAGAUACAGCUGUGAAAAGAAGUGAGACAAAUGUGCUCACCCUCCAGUUUACUAUAUGCAGGAUUAAAACUGUAAAACUUCUAAGGAGAUCUUCAAAAAGCACUCAGACAAAGAAAUGACCUGGAGACGGGUCAUCUGAACUGUUUUAUAAAACGAGGAACAGAAGAUCUCUGACAUGUCUAAAGGGGCUGUUUGAGAGCACUGUGUGCCAGCAAUGGCACUUGAAAAAUGUGCUACCAUGUGGAAAAUAUUCUUGGUUUGUAAGGCAUGUGGUUUUGCUGCACAUUUUUAUUAAGCUCACCAUUGCUCACUCUGCCUGAAUACACAGUUGGUUACAGGCCUUAAACACAUGUCACAAUCAAUAGAAUAGUUAAUCAGUCUGUCUGUCUAUUUAGCAGUUUCUUGCUUUGAGUGAUCUCACCAAAUGUAUGAGAUUUUACUCCCAAUACUGUGCUCAUACAACACUUUCCAAGACGCAACUGCUUGUCUGCGCCAUACACAAAAACCCACUGAGAGCACAAUUACUGGAUAAUAUAACAUUCCAGACCCUUAAUAGACCCCACUCCCCCCACCCCUUCUCCAUUUACAGCUCUCUGACUGUUUACAGCUUUUGUUACUCUUUUUUAUAAUGGCAUAAAACAAACUGUGUGAAUUUGUAUAAAGCAUUAUGUGGCUUUCAACCUCACCAGGUGCUAUAAUGUAGUACAAAUGCUGCUUGUCCUCACAUUAUGUUCCUCACACACUGUCUAUGACCCUUGGCUUAUAGUCUUAACGAAUCAGCCAAAUUGCCUGUCCAUAACAUGCGCUUGAACAGUGUUUUUUCAGCUCAGGUUUAAGCCAAUGAACUGCCGCCUUUGCAGUAAAUAUGUAAAUAAUUUCCCACUGCCAACCAAUGGGGGAAUGGGUCAAGGGGUUAUGCAUUGAAAGCUGUGUUUUUGAGUGAUACAGAAGAACAUCACAUUAGGUCAUUACACAUGGUGUUCCUCAGUGUUGCAGAGUAGAAGCCGAGCACUACAUUUAUAACAUAGCGCGAAAAUUAUUCUGCACAAUAUAUAAUCAUGUGAAUAAACGUAUAGCAGAUGCCAGUCUAUCCCAGUGACUCAAAUGGUGCUUAUGUAGGUGAAUACGUGGAUCACACCGACUGCACACUUAUUGCGUUGCAGUCCAACAAAUUUCGUUUCAAGCUGGAUGUUGCGUUUGGCCUUGCAACACGUUGCAGUAACAUUUGCAGUGCAUUCUCCAUUGGACUUUUCCCUUCACGUGUACUCUCCUCAGGUUUUGAGGUUUUGUUUUAUUUAACUACUAAAUAUCAAAUAGUCCGCUACAUAUCUGGACUUAUUCACAUUUAAAUGAACUUUCCACUUUGAAAAUAACCCCUAAAAGGAGGAUAUGGACGCAUACAAUUCUAACACAAAAUUAAAACUAAUCUGUCUAGUUAGCUAUCAGAGAGUUCCUGUUUGAUUUUGAAAGCUAUCAUAUAAUGAAUGGUUUACUCACCAAACGUGGCACCUACUUCUAUUUAAGUCUGGCUUAGUUUACAGAAAUUGAAUUACGGAUGAUUACCAGUGAGAAGCGAAUUCGUUUUUCUUGGCAUUUUCAUACCAUUGUAAACAUCCCAACUGACUAGCAUUUAUAGCGCAGACUUUAUGCGGUUAGCCGGUAGGUGAGGUACGAGACGAUCUGUUCCACCGAGAUAUUUAUCGUACUUGAUUCGAGAACUAAAACUCAGUUACCGUUUUGCAUACAACUAAAUACCGAUAGCUAGCUAUUGAUCAGGUACAAACGCGAAGCCCUCCAAAACCGGGACGACAAACAACCGUUGAAACCUGUGUCCAUGCUGAUUUUUGGCACUUUCUCGUUAGCAGACUGAAUUAAAUAGACAAAUCUACAGAACAUGAGAAGUCAUUGUGUGAAAUAUUACAGUAACGCUUAAUGCAGUUCGUGUGAUCUGGGAAUCAAAUCCUGAUGGUUAACACCCCUUCAAGCAAACGUGUUAAGACACUUGUCCAAAGACUGGGACAUACCACUGGAGCACAGCAUGAAAUGAUCCGCAAUUAUUUUUUAAAUAUACGUUGCGAUAUGACCUUCAGAUAACCAGAAUGAGAAAAGUAUGCCAGAUAUAUUUAUUAGUUGGUAUGUGACUUGUGCCUUUGCGUGUUCAGGCUGUGAAGUUUUGACCUCUCUUUGAGCAUGAAGAUAGGGCUGGCACAGCUGUUUUAGAGCCAACGGUGAUGCGGUUUUGACUCACCCUUCAGUCAUGUCACCUGAGCCUCUGAACUGACCCAGGUGAACAGAAUGAAAAGAAUGCUCUGAACAAACCAUUUUACAUUGAAGGAUCAAGCACAGGCACCAAGUCCUUGAGACCAUGUUGUUUGAUGGCUGAAACUGCUGAUCUAAGAUCAGGGGUUGCACCUUUGUUCUCAGAAGAAUAAAGAGUAAAUGAGCUGAAGCUUACCAUUGGAAAUUAAGUUAAUGUCACCUGUUUCAUUCAGCGUUGAAGGAACGGUGAUGCAUCAAAGGGGUUAUGGGUUGUGACUAAAGUGCAACACAUAAGCUAUAACCUCACAUCAUGUGUGUUUGUUGUUUUUUUUGUGGAGAAUGAGACAAAUAUGUGAAUGUGUGUGUGUGUGUGUGUGUGUGUGUAUUCCCACCUAUCUACAUAGAAUGUUUCACCAAAGCUAGUUUUCCCCCCACAACUUAAACAUGUGUCAUCUAUGAAAUUGCUGAACUUAUGUAGGCUACAGCUUUUGUUUUUCUGAUCAGUCUAAUUGCAUGUUUAUAUUUUAUCAUUCAUACUAAUUUGUUAUAUUUUUAAGGCUUCAUGUCAACAUUUUAGUGAGGUUCUAUAUAUCUUGACUCUUCAUGUGCUGGUUACACCUAUUUAAACACUUUUUAAAUCAACAUAAGCACUGUUGAAAUUGUAAUACAUAUUUAUGUAAUAUAAAACUGUACAUUUGUUUAUGUGAACUUGUAUAAAAAUAUAUGACCAUAUUUUAACAUGUCCAUUCCAUAGACUACUUACUAUUUUACUAUUUUAUCAUGUCUAUAUGCUACGUAUUUAGAUAACCUACAUUUAAGUGUAUAGCACUCCCAGCCAUUGAUGUAUGAAUUCUUUUUUUCAAACUUAUGAAUGCUUUUAUCUUGUUCACAUAAAAAGGUAAAAAUAAUUCAAUCAUGUGCUAAACUUAGACUGCUUAACGCAGGGCUUAUGAGAGCAUUAUAGCUGGUCAGUGAAGCUCACCGAAAGAAAAUGAAGCUGAACCACAUGCUAUAAGACUACUGAUUUGACCAAUUUCAUUGCCUAAAAUCAGAAAGAUGCUGGAGUCUUCCCCAAAAUCACUCUCACUCUUUCUCUCUCAAUUUUAUUUGAAGAGCUUGCAAUUCGACUGUCUUAAAAGCAAAUAUAUAGCACAAGAUGUAAAGAAUAUGAUAUUAUUAUUGUAUAACAAGAUAGUGGUUGCGAAUACUUUAUAGGAUGUGCAAGAUGACGGAUUUGUUGACAGACUAAAGUGCAAAGCUUUCGCCACAUCUAUCAAUUCGCGUAGGCUACUUGUCAUUCUGCACUGUUGUUGACCUUUAUAUCUGAUAUUCAUGGUCGUGAAUGCACCUUCAAAAUACUGGAGUUUCCUUAGAGAACAGUUAUUACAAAAUACCCUUUCAUUACUUUUUUCAUGAUUUUUCUCCUCUCACGCCAUUUAUGCCAUGGCAAAGUCACGGACCCUAUAUGCACAAAAAGCUAUGGUUAUUUCUGAUAUUCUUGCUUUGGUUGGUGGUUUGAAAAUAUCGGUAUUUUGCUCCUGUCAAAUGCCCCCGACAGUUUCCCCCUUUCAGUUUCUCUGUCCUCACAAUCUAAGUGCCAAAUUUAGCUACUGUUCGUGAAAGCACUGUAUCCUUCGCGAAUAU